CAGCCAAUCACGUGCCGCUGUUUUCAAGGAGACUCGGGAGUGUUCCGUGUUGACGACGCCGUUAGUUACCGGUGGAUUAAAAGACGGUAAAAAGGUCCCUCCGUGGCUCCGUUAGCUGCCCGGUCGGCCAUGAACAGCGUCGGGGAGGCCUGCACCGACCUGAAGCGGGAGUACGACCAGUGCUUCAACCGCUGGUUCGCCGAGAAGUUCCUGAAGGGGGACCGGAGCGGCGACCCGUGCACCGAGACCUUCCGGAAGUACCAGGGCUGCGUGCAGAAGGCCAUCAGGGAGAAGGACAUCCCGAUCGACGGAGUGGACUUCAUGGGCCCCAACAAGGACAAGCCAGAGACCUGAUGGGGGGGGGGGACCCCGGGACAGAGACUGUACUGAGAUCACCGGGGGAGUGCGGCCAUCGGGGCCUACUGAGCAUGCGCAGAAGGAGACCCAAGCCAGAUACUGUACUAUUACCGGGGGAGUGCGGCCAUCGGGGCCUACUGAGCAUGCGCAGAAGGAGACCCAAGCCAGAUACUGUACUAUUACCGGGGGAGUGCGGCCAUCGGGGCCUACUGAGCAUGCGCAGAAGGAGACCCAAGCCAGAUACUGUACUAUUACCGGAGGAGUGACGCCAUCGGGGCCUACUGAGCAUGCGCAGAGGCAGAGACGCUGGAUGUUGGAGCCCGGAUGUACUAAGAGAACAUGUGUACGUUAGUGCACGUUAAUACACACAGAACUGAUCCAGGACGGGUGUUUUUUUUUUUUUUUUUAA